GCGCCUUGAUCUCCAAUCCCCAGCGGCCCGCCCAGUGUAUUUCGAGGGGACUCCAUUCCGUGUAUUUCUAUUGACCGACCUGCGGAGUAGACCCGGCUCCUCUGUUGGACCUUAAUGAAAGGUGUGCCGCGUAGGGAGCGCUCGCUUUGCGGCUGCUUUCGGGAAGGUCAGACCCUGUUUAUCCUCUCAGCCCGAAUGAUACCGAUGAACUUUAAUCGGACGGGGCUGCUGCACGACAUCUAUGGAUUCCUUUACAUUCCUAGAUAUUAUUAGAUUUCCUGGUGCCAGGGAUUGCUGACAACUCGUCGUGUCUGCAUGCAGACAUCCACCAGGGGAAUCGUAGGUUCUGUGACUCGGCCAACUCGCCCACGACCUCGGCUGUAGAGCCUGCCAGCCAUGGCAAAGAGCGCAGAGAUCAAGCUGGCUGUUUUUGGCAGAGCUGGCGUGGGGAAAUCAGCUCUCGUGGUGAGGUUUCUGACCAAGAGGUUCAUCUGGGAAUAUGACCCUACACUCGAGUCAACCUACCGUCAUCAAGCUGUUAUUGAUGAUGAAUCUGUAACCAUGGAGAUCUUGGACACGGCUGGACAGGAGGAGAUGCUGCAGAGGGAGGGCCACAUGCGCUGGGGAGAUGGCUUCGUCAUUGUGUAUGACAUCACUGACCGUGGCAGCUUCGAGGAGGUCUUGCCACUCAAGAGCCUCCUGGAGGAGGCGAAGAAGCCCAAGCAGUUGACCAUGAUGCUGGUGGGCAACAAGGCCGACCUGGAACACGCCCGGCAGGUGAGCACGGAGGAGGGCGAGCGGCUGGCGGCUGAGCUGUCCUGCGGCUUCUACGAGUGCUCGGCCUGCACGGGCGAGGGCUCUGUCAGCGAGGCCUUCCUGGAGCUGUGCCGGGAGGUGCGGCGCCGCCGCAUGGUGCAGGGCAAGGCCCGUCGCCGCAGCUCCACCACCCACGUCAAGCAGGCCAUCAACAAGAUGCUCACCAAGAUCAGCAGCUAGAGGGCACUACGUCACCCCACCUGCCACGCUUGCACAAAAACAAUUGCCGAGAGAAAUUCAUAGUAAGUCUGCACAUAAGUUUCCUUGGAGAUGAAUGGUGAAUGAUUUCACUCAUGGGACUGGAAAUAAACACAGGGCAUCCACCCUUUCCAAACAGCACUCAUGAAAGUUUGUUGUGCAUGCUGAGCAGUGCUGUCAGAGAAAAAACCAGCAGAGGAACCACGUUUGUCAAAGUGGUUCUGAAGGCCACCAUCAAAGGAGACUUCUAACAAACUCAGUGGCAGUGCCAGGAUCUCCUGGCUGUCCUGCUUUUUUCCUCUGGGUACCACACUGACUGUGGGCGGCGUUUACGGAGUGGGCACACGGUACAUUCUCUGAAAUGAUUGGUGCUGAACCUGUGGUCACACUGACCGUCGUGUGUGUUCACAUUCACCAACACCUCUGUAGGGUCUUUAGUCUUCCAAGCUGACCUGCAGUAUGUCAGAUAGUAUGUAAGUCUGUAACUGAAUAGUAUUCAUACAUAAUUUAAGGGAAUUUAAGGAACACUUAUCUAAGAAUUUUCCUGGUGAAAUUGCAUCCAUUUUCUAACUGCUUAUCUUAGAUAGGUUUGUGGAGGGUCUAGGGUUGAGGGCACAAGGCUACAGUAUACCCUUUAGAAUAACAAGGUACAUGAUAAAUACAAACACACAGUAAUACUCACGGGGAAAUUUUGUCCAAUUUUGACAACAGAAGGAUCAUGGGGAGAACACUCCACACACACACAAAGCAGAGGCGGGAUCCAUAGCCAAAGAGCCAGGAGGAGUGAGGUAACAGGGCUACCCACUGAGCCACUAUGCCGCCGCCAUGGAAACCAGCGUGUUGGUCUAGAGAUCAUGUGCUCAUUAGACAAAUUCCAAUAAGUUCCAUGCAUAUGUCAGUAAAUGGUGUCAUGCCCAAUCCCCGUUGGUCAAAUCAACGUGCAGGAAUCCUGGUUUAGUGGCCUAUCUAGUGCCAUGCUAGGCAAGAGUGUAGGCCCAGGGAAAGUACACCAGUCCUUUGAUGGUUUGGAGGAUUGAGUUCCUGGCCAUUCCAGUGCCCUGCAGUGAUGUUUACUGUCAGAUGGGAGACUGUAGAGCUGUGGGUGGCAGUGAGCUAAUGGGGCUCUAUCCAAGCAGGCUAUGUCUGCUGAGGGAGACUACAGAGGAACGCGAGAGAGGAUAGCUGACAGCACACAUGUGGGGAGAGGCUGCCAUUGGCAGUUAAUGCUGCAGGGGUACCAAUAGCAGAAUAAAUAGAACAUACUCAAUGGGGAAUAUGGAGCUGGAGAACACAGAAGAAGAAGCGAGGGUCCAACAUAUAUCCAGCAAAUAGGAAAAGCCAGACAGGUCAAAUGGUCAGACUGACCAAUCAGUGCUCUAAACUACAAUAAAAAGGCGGGGCUUGAAUAACAGCGAGGUCAUGCAGAUAUGAAAAUGUAUAAGUCAGUUCUGGUUUCACAGGCGAGUAUCCAUGUUUGUGAUAAGCACUUAUGUAAUUACAGGCCACCUGACAUUGCUUUCACACUGGCGAUGUUUGCAUGUGAAAUGAAGAGGUAAUUAAGACAUGAAGUAUUCCACACUUACGUUUCAUUUGUACACAGACCUUUCUAGUUGCCAUAUGUCUGUUUUGCACAUGUCAUAACUACAGUUUUAUGAGGUGAUAAUUUACAGGGAUCUUUGCUGAAAAGAGGCAGCUGUAGUCAGAUUCAGACUCGGAUGUAAUUGCUGUCAUCAGCUUAAUCACGUCAUAAUAUUUUGUUCAUCCACAGUUUGUUGUAAUUAUUAUUUACAGUUGGCUCUUUCUGCUUCUGAAUUGCUUGGAAGACAUUGGCAUAAGCUUUGUUAUCCUGUAAACUACGUAUAACAUCGGCCUAAAUGCUUAGGUUGUUAUGUGGUUUAACUGUAAAAUGUAUAGAUCCAUUCUAUGCUGUGUGUAUUAUAAUCAAAUGGUAUGCUUGAUUCAGUAAAUCUAUGCUUGUCACUGAAAAACACUAAAUACAUACAACUAGUAACAGAAAAGUGUAUAUCUGCUGUUGUAAUUAAAAGUGAUAUAUAUUCCA